AUGGUAGAGGCCACCAGGAUCGCCAAGGAUGUCCUCCAUAUGUCCGUACCCACGGCACCGUUCAAACUCUCUCCUCUCCAUUGCAAGAAGGCAGAGCUCGAGGGGGGAAUUGAUGGAGAAGACUCUGAAGUCUUUGUUGGUGAAGGUACUGAGGAUGAACUAGAAACCCACGAGGCGGCGGAUGAUUUGGCGCUCGUAGACAUGGAUGAUUCAAUGGCCUUGGCUUCAGCUGAUGCCGCUCGAGAAUCUGUCUUGUACGAUGCAUGCGACGAGCUCAGCAAAACAGUCGAGACUCUUCCCACUCUUGAAGCCUCCCCAUCCCCCAUCUUUCCACUUCAAUCAGCGGCAGCAGGAACUGAUGGCACACCACUCUCGAGCUCAAUCAUUGCUCAAGUGAGGUCACAAAGGACCAUCAUGCUCGAUCCAAAAUUCCAGCGCAGUAUUGAAGACACCGAAAAGGAGAUAGAGGGUGCAGCAUCUCGAGCGAAAAAAAUGACCAUUAGUGAGGCAUCGCACCGUGUUCGACUCGCACAAGAUACCGACCUAGAACUGCGGAAGCCGAAAACAGACCGCGAGCUUCAUUGGCAGGAGACUGCAAAGCGAGUAUUACUAGUUCUAUCAUCUGAUGUUGUGCCGAAUCUUGCUGCAAAGAACGUGAACGCCAUACACACCCUCCGCAAAGGCUGUUAUGUUGUUAUGAAGAACAAGACUCCAUCAGGCGGCCGCUUCUACGUCGGUGAGAUCCUCGACAUCUACAUGCAGGGUGCAAGCAGUCGGCAUGGCUCAAUCGAUGUCGCCGUCUCAACGGCAGGGUUCUCGUACCUAUCUCUUCGUGUCUAUUUGCCGAUAGCAUUGAACCAUGGACUAUUCACAGAGACGGCCUUGGAUGAAGCUGAGUCCGAUUGGGAGCCAUCCUCUACCAUCUCCAUCCGGACUUUCUUUUUCUCAUGCCUCGAUAAUCGGACCGAGCUGCACACUCAUGCGAAAGCUUCUCAUAUGAUCUACAAUCUGGGACCUAAAGCUCUUGUUGGAGACGAGCGAGACUCAAUGCGAUUGACGCCGAUAGCAGGAUCGAGGUGGAAGGCUCUCACUCAUGAUAAGGUGAAAAAGUUGAUUCACGCAUUGCCGAAGCUUUUGAUUCCUGGCAGCCAGAUGCCAGCACGGUAG